AUGGCGAUCAACGACUCCACAACCAUUGACCCCUCCAUCAUCGACUACCUGCGCGUCAAUGCCGAGCAGGAGAUACAGGUCAGCGAAAAGCUCCAACAGUUCGUGACGACGUUGAACCGUCACGUCUCGGCCGCCCAAGGGUUUCUGAGCCGCAUCCAUUCGACACCCGCUGCCAAGUUCCCACUCUUGCUGAAGCAAGUCGAGGAGAAUGCCAUCAGGCCUUCGACCGAGACGGUCAAAGAGCUAGCUGCAUUUGCUUCCAACUACCCGUACUAUAAGUACAACAACCGAUGGACUCGAGGCAUCCAGGGAAUCAUCAACACCAUUCUUCUCACGGCAUGGCUUGGCGGCAUGGGCACUGACUCUCGCCCUGGCGAGCUUGGUCGACUGCUCACCCUUGAGGAGGUCGGCCAGAUUUUACAAGUCCCUGUCAACCUGAAGGACCGCGACGCGUUCCACAUCACCAUCGAGGAGUACGUCUUAUCGCUGACGGACAUAACCGAGGAGCUCAGCCGUCUCUCCAUGAAUUCGGUCACCAUGGGCGACAUCGAGCUCACGGUGCGCAUCAGCGGUUUUAUCAAGGACCUGUUUUCGGGAUUCCAACUGCUUAACCUGAAAAACGACAUCCUGCGACGCAAGGUCGACGCCGUCAAGUAUCAUGUAAAGAAGGUCGAGGAUGUCAUUUAUGAUCUAUCCCUGCGAGGCUUGAUCCCUAAGCCGGACUCCACGACCAUGGAUACGGAUGCUUGA